GGGUCAGCAUGGAACGGUAACUUUGCCAACUUUAUUUUCCCCCCUUCUCCGUCGCCCUCUUUCCUGUUCCAGUGUAUGUUUAGUAUGUUUCGUAUGUUUAGUACGUUUCGUAUGUUUAGUACGUUUCGUAUGUUUAGUAUGUUUGGUAUUUUUUUUUUUUUUUUUUUUUUUUUCCCUCCAAAUUGAUACGUACCCCGCAUGCUUGAGCUGAGCAGGGGGAGAAUCCCCAAGCUGGUGUGCAAGUGGAAGAGCGGUUUAGUCAAAUUGGCGAGCGACGAGGAAGCGACACGGAAGGUGUAUGCGGAGAGAAGGGGGGCUCCCACGAUGAGUAUAAUUAUGAUGAUGAUGAUGAUGAGGGUGAGCGUACUGUCUGCCCAUUUUUAGCAGAACAAGAGUUCUCCUUGCCAGGAGGCUCCUUCACCCUCUUUGCACACUUGUGUGUGUGGACGCUGCCUCGUUUGAGGAGUUUCCUUCCCGUUGCAAGAUAACAUUCGUCAGACACAUCCAAGUGGUGUGCGAGUUAGCUAGAGGACUUGUUAACCACAGGAGUGAGCGCAUACGUGUGCAGAGGCGCUAGGCGAAGGCCCUUUGGGGAAGGCGCCCUGACCUGACCUGACCACCCUACACGGAAGGAAAAACAACAUGAAGGAACAAGCGGGGAUUACCAGCGAACCAGGGGAGGUCCCAAACGAACGAGGGAGAAACACCCUGCUGGUGAGCGAGCGGGGCAAAGAACCAAACGCGCACAGUGAAGGACCUCCAACAGACCCCCGUGGUGAGACGCACGAAGAGAAGCAACCCCUCCGUCAAGAAGUGCCAACACGGAGUAUAACAACCGGGGAAGAGGAAGAAAAAAAUAAAAAUAAAAAAAAAAAAAAAAAAACAGAACAUGUGAUAAAGGAGAACACAAAAAGUGACAUCAAAGGAGAAAAGACAAACAAAGAGAGUCCGAAAAUGAAUCGACCUGAGGAUCAAAACGGCAAAGGUGCUAAUUUGGACGAAGAGACGUUCGUGAAGAAGGCGCCCUCUGAUGACCCCCUGUUGAUACCCGGAGAAGGACGUGCGUCUAAAAUGGGCACGAACAAAGCGCAGACGUCGAAGGGGGAGGAAAAAUCCAAGCUAGCGAAACUCACCAAACUGAUGCAAGGCAGGGGGUCAAAACAGGACGAAGUGGGACGCAUGGGUAACCCAGUGAGGGGCAAGAAUGGCUCCCUAGGAAGGGGCGGUGGUCAAGUGAGCGGCAAGGAUGGUUCCCUAGAAAGCAAAAAUCGGCUGGUGGAGAGGAGGAAUGGCUCGGCGCGCACUCCAAAAGGGUCAUUGGGAAGCAGCGGUGGUCUAAAAAAUAGCCCAGCGGGAUGCAGCGGUGGCCCAAAAAAUAGCCCAGCGGGCUUCUCGCCCAAUUCUGCGCCAAGGUCGACAUCAAAAUUUGUCUCAAAAUCGGCCCCAAAAUUGGCCUCAAAGUUGGCCCCAAAAUUGGUCUCAAAAGUGGCCCCAAAAUUGGCCCCCAAAUUGGCCCCCAAAUCGACACUCAACUCUGCGCCCUCUGCCAAACCGCACACCCCUCGAAGUGGCCCCGCGAGCGCCCCCACAUUGAACCGCUUCAAGUGCGCCUCGCUAAAGAAGGUACCCCCGUCGACACCCCAAAAACCUAAAGGCAAAACGAACUUCCCAUCAGUGCAUCCUCCGUUGAGGAAGGAAAGCAGCACACCGAGGGGAAGCGAAGACCAGCGGAAAAGGAACCCGUAUGAGACAUCGCGGGAGAAAAAAUUGACCAUUUUGGCGAAGAGGGUCCGGUGCUUGACUUCCUUCGAAAGUGGUGCUGAGAGCGGUGGGGGGGGAGACGCAGCAAAGUUGAGGUGUAGCACUGAGGGCAGCGGGGGGGGAGACGCAGCAAAGAUGAGGUGUAGCGCUGAGAGCAGCGGGGGGGGAGACGCAGCAAAGAUGAGGUGUAGCACUGAGGGAAGCGGUGGGGGGGGAGAUGCUUCCAAUCCACCUUCCAUUCCCCCUGGCGAGGAACCAAACCAUGCCAGUCCAACUUCCAUUCCCCAUGGCGAGGAACCAAACCAUGCCAGCCCAACGUCCAACCCCUCUAGCGCGGCGAACGAGCAGCGAGACGCCCUGCUGCUUCUUCUCACGAGGGACUUCCGCGCGAACGACAACUGGGCGCUGACGUACGCGUACGAGCUGGCCAAGAAGAAGGGGCUCAAUCUGAUCGCCUGCACAUACCUAAACAGGAAGGAAAAGCUAACGAGCAGAUUUAUUAAUGCAAAACUGAAAGUCCUAAAAAAUUUAGAGCAAGCACUAAAGCAAAUGAACAUCCCCUUUUACAUCCUCCCCCUAUUUAUGAUUGAUGAGUUUAAAGAAUUUAUAAAAACGCAUCAUAUAAAAGUAAUCGCGUGUGACUUGCAUGUGUUAAAUGACGAAAGGGCAUUCAUUAAAUCGCUAUGUCAUAUAUGUAACAAGAGGAAGGUGAAAGUGUUUCAAGUGGAUUCCCAUAAUGUCAUCCCCAUAUGGGUCACUUCCAAAGGGGAGGAGUGCUCAGUAAGAACGAUUAAGCCAAAGAUACAGGCCCUGCUACCAACCUUCCUCACUGAGUAUGUGCUGCUAUCCCCCUUUGAGCAGAAGAUAAAAUUCCCAGAGCCGUUCGACAUGGAGGAGGUGGCCAGCAAGCUCACCGUCACCAACACGUGUGCGGUGGUCUCCGGUGCGGUCUUCACCGAAAAGAAGGCACAAGAAUUGCUCAGCCAUUUUUGCAGGCAGGUCUUGGACAAGUACAACGUGAAGCGGAACGACCCCAACAGCGACGCCGCCACUGUGCUCCUCCCCUACGUCAACAUGGGGGUCAUAUCCGCCCAGAGAUGCAUCCUGGAGGUGCACAAGCACGCGUACAGCAACCCCUCCAUAAACGCAGUCAGCGGAAAGGAGUCCUUCACCGACGAUUUCAUCAUGCGCAAGGAGCUGGCGGACAACUACUGCUACUAUAACAGAAACUACUGCACCUUUGAAGGCGGCAGGGACUGGGCCAAGGAAAGUCUCAAAAAACACGACGCAGAUAAGAGGGAGUACCUGUACGAUUAUGAAGAUUUUAGGACCGCCAAAACGCACAGCGACCUGUGGAAUUGUUGCCAGCUGCAACUGAUCGAUGAAGGAGUUAUGCACGAGUUUUUAAAAGUUUAUUGGGCGAAAAAAAUUCUGAACUGGUCAGCUAACUCGCAGGUUGCUCUAAAAUACGCCAUGCAGCUAAAUGAGGAAUUCUCCAUUGAUGGGAAGACCCCCAGUGGCUAUGUCUCCAUCAUGUGGUCCAUCAUGGGGGUGCAUGACCAGGGUUGGAACGAGAGGAAUAUCUUUGGGAAGGUGCGCUUCAUAAACAGUAACGGGUGCAAACGCAACUUUGAUAUGAACAUGUUCAUGUCAAAAUAUCCCAAGGGGAAGGAAAACGCUUCCAUUGUGAAGAAAAUUCCGACCAUUACCUUUGCCAGCUAUUUGAAGAAGCGGAAACACGGCCCCGCCGCUCCGCUUCAGGAGUCCACUCGGGAGAAGCGCGGCAGGGGGCCCGCUCGCUGA